UGCAGCAGGAAUGGCUCAAUCAACCGUGACGAUGCAGAGCACGCAGCAGGAAGCCCGUCGUGAGCUGAUUGUCACGUAUCUGCCCAGCGCCGUUCGUGAAAACUUCCUGCGCAACAUCUUCGCCACGCGGAAGAUUCUCGGCCCUGACGCGACGCUGGAGGAAUGCCGUGUGGCCAUGCGCACCGACGCGACAGGUCGGGAAACCAGCCGCUGCUUCGCCUUCCUGACGUACAGCCAUGCGGAGGCGGCCGCGCGCGCUAUGGAGGAGCUUAACGGAUUCUGUCUCCUUGAUGCAGCUGCUCCGUGGGAGGUGGACGCCGACGGCCGUCCCACGCGCAAAGCCAAGCGCAUCAAGGUGGCGUAUUGUCGGCCGUCCAGCGAGGCGCACCCUCACAGCAACCUGUUCGUGACCGGCAUCCCGUGUGCGUGGCGGCUGGCGGAUCUGCAGCGCCACUUCAGCCAGUGGGGCGGCACCAUCACCGCCAGCAAGAUCGCGCCGCGCGAAUGUCCCUGUUACGGUGGCGUUAAACCGUGCGCGCUGACCAACUGGGGCUUCGUCCGCUUCGCUCGCCAGCAGGACGCCGUGACGGCCCGCGACGAAUGCCACAAGGCGAACAGCCCGCAACUGCUGCUGCACGUCACGCUCCUGGACGGCGCCGAUCCGCACUUCCCCAGCGCACUGCCCGCCGCAUCGACCGGCACCGGUUCGCAGCAGUAG